AUGAUGCAUCAAGCUGACACAUUGCUACACGCUCUCUUGUUAAACUUGGAAGAAACUGUCGAGAAAAACCGGCUCGCAGCUAGUCAACUAAGUCAGACAAGUCGCAUGCAAAAGAUACGCGCGAGUCCUACCCCGUACUUUCUACAAAAUGUUUGCCGGCUGUAA